AUGAAGCUCACCAUUAUUCCACUCAUCGCAGCCCUCUCUGCCCUUGCACCCGCCUUUGCGCGCAUCUCCAACGUCACAUUCCCCGACUCGGCCACCGUCGGCGGUACGCUCCAGCUCAACGUCUCGGAAUCCGGCUACAUUCAGAACUGGGAUGACCUUGGGAUCUUGGUCGGCUUUGGCUCAGACUCGGGGCUCAAGAACUGCGCCGCGUGUGUCGGGGCCCAGGGGCAAUUCUACUCCAACAUCUACAACAACGACACCCUGAUCGGUACCAACCGUGCUCGUCCCUCCAGCUUCGUGCUCGAGGUGCCUGUCCCCUCGUACCUCAACACCAGCGAGACUUGGCGGGUCACUGCCGCUGUCCCCUAUGUCGUCGGAGCCAUGGGUGGUACCCACAUCCGGUUCUGGAAUCACACCGUUACCCUCAACCCCGCCGCUUGA